CGGAUUGAAGAGAAAAAAAUCAAUAAGGAAAUCGAAACGCGAGUGGCAUACGUGACACGAUUGGAAAUUGCUUUAUAAUUAAAUGUCUAUUUCUUUAAAUACAUUUUCAUUGUUGUCCUCUCACUUUCUGGCCAGUUGUACGCAUUUUCUCCUGUCGAUGGGACAAUUUCUAAACUCGAGAGUGUCAAUAAAUUCGAUCGACGACAAUAAAUAGCAGAUUAUAAAAAUAGUUUAUAGAAAAAAAAAACUUUUUCAAAUGAAAUUUCUGAUUUAUCAUUUUUUAAUUGUGGAAUCGGUAGAAAAUCGGUUAUUUUAGUGAUUAUUCAGCUUCUUCCCUUCUUUUUCAAUUUUUUAUUUCAUUAUUUCUUCAAGUGUUUUCCUCUAUUUUUUAAAAUACAUCUGAAGUGUUUUUGCACUCAAUUACGAUGAGCCGAAAAUCACAUAUUGUUCAAUCAUUCCGUCGUAAUGCGUAAAAGAAAUCACAGGGUUUUGCUAACUGCCAAUGAAAAAAAGUUUCUCAUUUUUACUUGACAUAUUUUCCAUUACGUGUAAUUACUCGAAAUCAUGAACAAUAAUUAAUCAAUAGAAAAUUGAAAUAUCUAAUAAAGUGAUUCACCGAUAAAUUGUUAAACAUGUGGGAGCGAGUUGUGAGUAAUCCCUGGAUUAUUCCAGUAAUUCUGAUAAUUAUUUGUGGAAUCUGGAGACUGAAAAAUUAUCUCCGAGCUGUUACUAUGGUAUUAACAAUGAAUGGGCCAAAGAUUGUUCCAUUCCUGGGGAAUACCGGGUAUCUCUACGACGAUAACCUACUGAAAACAAUGUCCCACAUGGCGUAUGCCAUGUACGGCUCUUCGUUCCGUCUCUGGGUGACAGUUCUUCCCUUCGUGGUACUCCUGGAACCCCAAGACAUCCAGCAAGUACUCGGAAGUUCAAAGCACACCGACAAAGUACUAUUCUACAAAUUGCUGCAUAAUUUCCUGGGUAAAGGCCUCAUCACGAGUGAUGUAUUAACAUGGAGAGCCCAUCGUAAGAUACUCCAGCCGAUUUUCCAUGUCAAUGUUCUUGAGCAAUUUGUGAGAAUUUUUAACAACUCAGCGGGAAGUUUGGUCAAGUGCCUGGAGGAAUCUAGAGAUCUAGGCAUUGACAUCACUCGUGUAGUCAAUGAUUCUGUUUACGAAAUUCUCAAUGAAACAGUCCUAGGGAAUACAAAUAAAUCUGAGAUAUCGAGCUCGCCAUUCCGAAGGGGACAGCUGCUCUUCUCCUACAGGUUGACCCAUCCUUGGCUCCUUCUGGAGUGGAUUUAUCGAAGGACAAGUCUCGGGAUGUGCGAGCAGAAUCACCGGAAGGAUCUCACCCUCGCAUGCCAGAAAGUGCUCAAGUCCCCGAAGAAUUCCGCGAGUAUUUCACUCCUGAAGCUUAUGAUCGAGGCAAAGGAGAAGCACCAGAAUUUCAGUAAUGAAGAUAUAAUUAACGAGUGCUGUACUUUCAUGCUGGCUGGACAGGAUUCGGUGGGCUCGGCAGUCGCUCUUAGCCUUUUUAUGCUUGCCAAGCACAAGAAGUGGCAGGGAAAGUGCCACCAGGAGCUCGAGAGAAUCUUCAGAGGCGAUGAGAGACAACCGACACUUGGAGAUCUUCGAGAAAUGCGAUAUCUCGAAAUGAGUAUCAAAGAGACCCUCAGGAUGUAUCCCAGUGUUCCUUUCUUCGCCAGAACCCUAGGAGAAGACAUACAAGUCGGGAGUAGAAUAAUUCCAAAGGGCUGUGGUAUACUGAUAAUGCCUUACAGUACUCACAGGCUUCCUCAUCAUUACCCAAAUCCCCAUGAGUUUAAUCCAGAGAGAUUUAACUCAGAAAAUUCAUCGAAACGGCAUCCCUACGCCUAUUUGCCGUUUAGCGCUGGCCCAAGGAAUUGCAUCGGGUACAAAUUCGCCAUGUUGGAGAUGAAGGCGAUAAUCAGCGCAGUUUUGCGACGAUUUCACCUGGACAUAGCCCCCGGGAGGGAGGAAAUCACCCCGAAGUUUCGAGUUACCGUCAGGGUAAAGGGAGGAGUUUGGAUUAAGGCUCACCCCAGGGAUAAUCCUUAAUAUAAAAAACCAGAAGGACAUUUAGAUAAAUAAUAAAACAAGAUGUUAUGUAAUUCUUUUAUUGAAAUACAUAAAACAUUAUUAUUGCU